AUGGCCUCUCAAUAUGAUAACAUUGGUUCCAAGUACGAAGGCUUCAAGGCGCUCCCCACUUCCAUAAUUGAGGAGGCAAACUUCAAAGAAUCGAUCGAGCCAUGGCUUGCUAAAUUCCCCAAUGCCAGCGUACUCGACCUUGCUUGUGGAACCGGAUAUUACUCUAAGAAAUUGCUUGACUGGGGAGCUGGCUACGUGCUCGGAAUUGAUGCUUCGAGUGGCAUGGUGGACGUCGCCAAGGAAUCGAUGAGGAAAGACCAAGCUUAUAUCGGCAAAGUCGACUUCAAGGUUGGCAACGCCCUCGCUCUGGGGGAUAUGGGCGGCGACGGACCAUUUCAAAUUGUUGUGGGUAUCUGGCUGCUCAACUAUGCCAGCAACUUGGAGGAGAUGACAAGUAUGUACCGCACCAUCUCAACGAACCUUAAGGACGGCGGCGUAUUCAUCGUCAUAACUCCCCCACCGGCAGAUAAUGUGGACACACUCGCCGAGAAUUGGACAAAGAUCACGGCUCAGUACCUGAAGGCCUUGCCAGUUUGGGUGAACUACUAUGAAAAGCUCGAGUCCGGACAAGGUUGGAAGACGGAGAUCAACAGUCUCACGAAGGGUAUGCAAUUCAGUUUCAGAAAUUUCCAUCUCGUGAAGAGUUUGUAUGAGGAAGCGGCUCGAAGUGGUGGCCUAGAGGGGAACUUGGAAUGGAAGGAAAUCAACAUUCCCGAACGAGUUGCGACGGCCCAGGACGAAUUAAGCAAGAUGUGUGUUCAAAUAAGACACAUGGGUGUUCUCGCUGUCGAGAAGAAAGGAGCCUGA